ACAGCAGCGUACGCCGCCGGGGGACAUCAAUGGUGGAGUACGCAUCUAUUCAGGGAAGGGUCUGAGAGAGACCAUUACUGAGGCUUACAUGGAGAGCUGAAACUGAAUAUGAGGUUAACGUCCUUAAUGAUGUACAUAUCUCCGGUUCUGCUAUUUAUUUUGUAUGUAUAUAUUGGAUUUUCUGAAGCUGCACCUCGCAUCAGUCCCUACGAUGCGUCGCCAAUCUCCAGGAAGCCCGGCUCAGCCUCCGACACCUGGGAGAUCUUCCACACCGACAUGCCUAGUACUUUACCCGAGAGCAGGUUCGCUCUCGGCCCUCUAACCAGACCCACACCGUCUUCAGCCAUUGUUUCUGCCGGCACGACCACCACUACAAGCCCUGUCUCUAAACUUGCGACCACCUUCCAGCCUCCUACAACGGACCCGACCACGACCACUACCACUACUACAACUACCAAAACCGAUACUGGAAUAAUUUCAGCCAUUAAAGAACAAAUAACAGCGCCGAUUUUUAGAUUAACCAGUGCACGCAAAAGAUCCACCGAUGCACAAACAUCCCUUUUUGCUCCGGAGAAAAUGCUGCAGACCAUGGUGUCCAUGGUUUCCCAGCGCACAGCAAACGAUGCCUGGGCUGCAGAUAAUAUUGGCACAUUUGUUACCUCAAUAGAGAAUAGUCAAGAGGACCGUUGUAACUGCAGCAGUGGUGGUGAGGGGAUUUUGGAUCCAGACGAAUGUGACCAGGGCACCGGUCAGUGUUCGUGUCUGUCAGGAUACACUGGUCUGCAGUGUGAGGACUGCGAGGAGGGAUACUUCACCAAUGGCACCAGCGGCUGCCUGCCCUGCGCCUGCGACUCCUUCGGCGCAGUGAACCAAUUCUGUGAUAGCUCAGGGAUAUGUGUGUGCAAGACAGGAGUGUAUGGACCUAAGUGUGAUGAGUGCCAUCCAGGUUUCUUCCACUUCAGCAGUACUGGCUGCCGGCCAUGCCAGUGUCACAGCCACACCAGCUACUGCCAUCCACAGUCCGGAGUGUGUCUGAACUGUGAGGGCAACACACAGGGAUCCAACUGUGAGGAGUGUAAGCCUGGUUUCUACCGCAGCCCUGGAACCGCUUUCACCGAAGCCUGUGCACCGUGUCCCUGCUCUAACUCAACGUCUACUGGCACCUGUCACACUGAUUCCACCGGCUCCCCAGGGUGUGACCAGUGCCUCCCCCAUUACAGUGGCCCGCAGUGUGACAAGUGCAGUGCCGGCUUCUACAAAACAUCUGGGGCUUGUGUUCCAUGUGACUGUAGUGGGAAUGCAGACCCUCAGGGCCCCGCCCAGCUCUGUCACCCUGACACUGGCCACUGCUUCCGCUGCAUCAACAACACCACCGGCCCCCAGUGCCAGCUCUGUGCUCCUGCAUACAUAGGGGAUGCCCGAGCACGUAACUGCACCCGUCCAACACCCCAGCCUAUUCCCACACCAGCAGAUACAGCCACAACACAGCCCCCCACAUCAAGUACAUCCUCCCCUUCCAUAUAUACCACAAGCACCACUUUGACCACCACUGCAGCAAGAGGCGUCCCAGCCUCCACAUCUAGCAGCAACACAAGCACUGCACUGACCACCACUGCCACCAGCCAGGCCCUCCUGACCAGCCUGCGCAGCCCCACUGACAACACCACAGCAGCCCUGACAGAAGUCUCCUGGACACAGUUCAACAUCAUCAUCCUGGCUGUCAUCAUUCUGGUGGUGCUGCUGCUGCUGGGCUUUGUUGGAGGCGUGUACACCUACCGGGAGUACCAGAACCGCAAGCUCAAUGCUCCUUUCUGGACCAUAGAACUGAAAGAGGACAACAUCAGCUUCAGCAGCUACCACGACAGCAUCCCCAACGCUGACGUGUCAGGCCUGCUGGAGGACGAGACCAACGAGGUGGCACCCAACGGCCAGCUGGCACUGACUACACAGGGCAACUGCUACAAGGCUUAGCACUCCAUCCAUCCCCAAGAUGGACACCCAGAUUUACAGAUGACACAAAGCUGCUGGAAAGUACCAAAUCCAAAGCUCCUUCAUGUAUGACUGCUUAUUGUUACCCUGCUCAGCUAUGACACUUCACAACACUUGGCAAACUGACAGUGCGAUCAAGCAGAUAUGAUCAAAGAUAUGAAAGAAUUUCCACUUGAAACUUUUUCCUUUUUUGAUAUGAUUUUGUGUGGAAUGGGUGAUCAGUGAAAAGGAUCCAAAGAAAUAAGGGUGUUGUUUAUAUUUUGCCUGAGAAGGCAUUAAUGUGCAGAUUAGUUAGGUAAUUGGCAUCUCAUGAGACAGGUGCAAAGCAUAUACCUGUUAGAGAACACCAGUUAGAGAACUUACAGGAGCCUAACAUUUCAGAUAUUUUCUAAAAUGGACUUUUGACUGUUUAAGUUAUAACUGGAUCACGUGGAACAGUGAUCUUAAAAUGAGACAAUGAUUGUUAUUUAAUUAAUUUUUAUUCAGUUCUUAUUUAUUGGUCAACAUUUCAUCCUUGGGAAGAAAUUUUACAUGUAAGAUGUGUUUAUUCAUGGUGUUUUAUCUUAUGUGCUGUCGAAUGAUAAUUUGAAUUACCCAGUAUGUUCUUAUGUAUAGUUUAUGUAUUUUGGAGAGUCAUAAGGGAAGAUGAGGGCUGCUGGCACAAAUAUUUUAACAACCUCAUCUUUUGUUUAUACCUUCCUUUUUGUUAAAGUGUGCCAGCUCACCUGAAGUAUCUAAGAGGAGUGUUUCUUUUAAAGAUACUACAACUACCAUGUAUAAACUCUCACAUUUGGCACUACUGCAGGUCUUGCGUAAACUGCCAUAAUCUGCUCGUAAUCUAAUCUGCUCUUUGCUGCCUACCUCAGCAAAAGUUGAAAAAAACCAUUUGAAAAAUGCUUCACACAUGUGUAUGUAGAGGUUUGGUUCUGUGACUCAGUCUCAGAUGUUAGGACCAUUUGAUGUCUAAAACAUAAGAGUAUUGUAAUGAUACUGUUGUUACCAGCCUGCACAUUGUAAAAAAUCCUCAGCCUACUGGUCAUUGUUAUCGUACUGUCAAGUUGCAUCAGCUAGAACAGUGAGUUGCUGUACAAUCAAUGCACUUGAAGGCUUCACACCUGAUCCUGGACAUGGAUCCUGUGUUUUCUGUGUUGUUUAGGUUGCCAUUGGUUGGGUGUGCUUCUUUUAACCAUUGUGAAUGAGUAAAGCGAAUUAUGGAACUAACUCCUCAGGUACUGGCUCCUUCCCUAAUGUGAUCACUGUAAAUAUGAUUACUGUACAGAUGAAUGUGAAUAGUAACACUAAUGUACAGGUAGAAUACUGUGUGUACACUCAACAAGCCCCCAACCUUUCACUCUUUCACUCUUUAUUUUUAUUUCUUAUUAUCAGUGGACUUGGCCAUAUAUGCAACUGCAGGACUAAAAAGCACCACCCAGAAUUUAGAACAAAGAAUUAAAUGAUGUAAAUAAUACACCAACGUCGGAGCUAACUCUCAAAUAAAAAUUGGUUUAACUCUUGUCUUUGCAUUUCUCACAUAUCUUUAAUUUAAGUCACUGCCACAUUUUAAAAAUCCCCUCUAGAGGUGUUUGAAGACACAUAGAGAUAUUCUGCUUGGAGUAAC